UGCAUGAGUGUAUUAGUAUAGUGUGUGAGUAUCCACAUGCUAUCAUUUCAAGCAGGGAACUGUUACAAUAUGUCAGGAGUCCGGUCUACACAGAUUCCAUAACUUUUCAAAAGGUAUAGUUUUGAUAGACUUUAUCAACAUUUGUCUGUAAAUUCCUCUGGCACUUUGAUGGAAGGAUGGGGACAGUCUCUGAAGAAGUUAGGAGGCUUUUGAAUGACUGUGAGCUGUUUGUAUCAGAUAUCCUACAGGAUGAGAACCUCAGUAAACACGCCAGGGAAACACGGGACGUCUUGCUUAAUAACUUCAGGGUGAUAUACUCCAGAAAUCCUCAGGCGUUUCCCUUCAGAUCUGAGUCCAGACAGGAGGACAGUUCAGAUGACAACCAGAGCUCCAGUCUGGGCCACUCGGCCCCCUCAGAAGACCUGUCAGUGGCCUCUGACUACCAGGACGAGGGCUCUCCCGACUACUUUGAGGAGAUCCAAAUGGUGGCAGCCCAGGAUCUCAGCAACAUCUUGAAACAAGGCUACCUGGAGAAGAAACGACAAGAUCACAGCUUCUUCAGCUUAGAAUGGCAAAAGCGAUGGUGUGUCCUCAAAAACACAAUAUUCUACUACUUUGGGAGUGACAAAGACAAGCAGCAGAAGGGCGCCUUCUAUAUCAAGGGUUACAGUGCAGAGAUGGUGGCCAACCUACGUAAAGACUCCAAGAAAAAAGCCUGCUUUGAGCUGAGUUCCCCUGGCCGACACUCCUUCCAGUUCACUGCUAGCAGUGUGCGAGAAGCCAGGGAAUGGGUGGACCAGAUCAACUUUGUCCUGAAAGAUUUGAGUUCCAGCUUUAUCCCCUUCGAGGAUGAGACCUAUGAUGACAUUGAGGGGGUGACGGGGUUGGCCAGCCGUCCCCCUUGGCCCGCCCCCUUCCCGGUCCUGCCCCAGCAGGUCAAAGCCUCUCUCAGUAGCCAGGAGGAAGGGAAGCCCAGCCAGUGGGAGGAACAGGAAGAGGAUGAUAUCUACGAGGUGCUCCCAGAGGAUGACAUUCCAGGAUCCAUUGAGGAGAUCAGUGAGAAGAGCACAAAACCAGUGUGGUCCAUAGACUAUGCCAAUUACUACCAGGGCUUGUGGGACUGUGAGGCAGACGAGACUGACGAGCUGGCCUUCCAAAGAGGUGACCUCAUCUACAUCGUCAGUAAGGUCAGCAUCAACAAGGAGUAUAACAUCAAUGGCUGGUGGGUCGGAGAGCUAAACGGAACCGUCGGUAUUGUCCCUAAAGACUUCCUCCAUCCUGCCUACAUCCUCUGAGCUCCCAAGAGUUGAGUGAUGUGACUGACUACAUUCUCAAUCCCCAACACCGAACACUUCGAGAUUGAUGACAGAUUGACCUUUUUUAUUAUUUCGUAAUAUAGCGUUAUGCUGUUAGUGUCAUUUUUGUUGUAUGUUUUUGUAAAGAUAUGCUUCAUUUCCAUGCAUAAAUUACAUUACCAUGGUUCUUCUGAGGCAUUUGGUGUAUACAUCAAAUUCUGGAUAAUGCUGAUGUCACAAAAAGGUUUCCUCUGUUCAAUUGUUUCCAAUGUAUUUGUGCCCAUGUGUGUGAAUGGAAAUUGCCAGACAUUGAGGAAUCAUUAUGCCCCUGUGACAAAAAUAAGAAAUCCUCACCUCUGGUGAACUGGGGGUCUGUCUAUUCCAUAUUAUGAAGCAUACGAACUGGUGCCUUCAACAGCCUUGUGUCUGAGGCUACAGUGCUUCUUAUUUUGAUGCUGACUUCAAAUAUGUAGGCCACAAGGGGUCAGGCAUGCUCCCUGGUGCGAUUGAAUUAUUUUUCAAUUAAGUGUUUGAAAUUGGAAUACCUGAUCAUUUGCAAUAAGAAAAAAUAUUUAUUUUGAUUUUUGAGCCUGUAAAAAUAUUAUUAGAUAUUUAAAUUCCACAAUAUGAUGUACAUAAGAACUUGUUUGACUGUGCAUAUGAAAGUCUAUGGCAAUAUAAAUGUCUGGAAAUGAAAGAAACACCUAUUUAGGAGAGGUGCUGGCUAAUAUAAAUGUCUAAAUGUCAUGCACUAAAAUACUCAGAUGCAAAGUACAGGUGGGGGAAAACUACAGUGCCCUCCACUGAUAUUGGCACCCUUGGUAAAUAUGAGCAAAACGUCUUUGUUUAUCCUCUUGGUCUUUCAUUCAAAAUAUUCACAAAAAUCUAACCUUUAAUUAAAGCAAAAUAAUUGAAAAUAAGAAAAUACAUUAAUAAAACAUAUUUUUCUAAAAUAUGUGUGCCUCAAUUAUUGGAACCCCUUCAUUCAAUCAUUUGUGCAACCUCCAUUUGACAAGAUAACUGCUCUGAGUCUUCUCCUAUAAUGCAUAAUGAGGUUGGAGAACACAUGGUAAGGGAUCAGAAUCUCUCCAGAUCCUUCAGAUUCCGUGGUCCAUGCUUGUGGACCCUCUUCAGCUGACACGGCAAGGUUUUUAUGGGGUUUAGGUUGUGGAUUGGGAUGGCCAUGGCAAAACCUUGAUUCUGUGGUCAGUGAACCUUUGUGUUGAUUUUGAGGUGUGCUUUGGAUCAUUGUCCUGCAGGAUGAUCCAACCACGGCCCAGUUUAAGCUUUCUAGCAGUGUAGUCAGAUUUUGAUUUAAUAUUUUUUACAUUUAACUAGGUACAGUU